GAUGAAGAGAGGAGACAUAGCUCACGGUCUUCGUCUGUCCGGCUUUAAAAGUUUAUUUCCAUUUUCGCUCCAUUGGUGCCAUACGGCUUCCAAGUCUGUGAAUUGUACUUGGCACCAACAUGAAGAUCAUUUGGUUUCCCUCCUAUAUUUCAGGCUGGCUUUUAACUCACUGUAUAGCUGAGGCUGACGUUAAACUCCACAUUCUUCUAUCACCAUCUCCCGAGUGCUGGGAUUAUAGAACUGCAAUAUGCCAGCACUGUGAUGCGCUUCGAUUAUGUCUGGCUUCGAGACCACUGCCGCUCAGCCUCGUGCUAUAAUUCUAAGACUCACCAGCGGAGCCUGGACACUGCCAGUGUGGAUUUAUGCAUUAAGCCAAAGACGAUUCGUCUGGAUGAAAGUACACUCUUUUUCACUUCCAAACCCCUUCUUGCCAACGAGUCUUCCUCCUGCCCCGAUGUCUUCAUCGCGACCCCGCAGGUUAGAAGAGGGAGUGUUUGGCGGGAAAACCGACACUGAAUGUCUUUUUGGAAAAAGCACAUGGAAACCUCAUCCUAAAACAAAGCAAACCCGGUCACCCUCUGGACUCUCAGUGGCAUGGACUGCGGCCAAACAGUCCCUUCUGGACCCCAAGGCCAUCGCACACCGAUCUCAUGGUGGCUGUCACUGUUUGCCCACGAUCGAGCCACCCAAAAGUCCCGGGACAGGGCCAGAUGGUCAUGUGACUAGAUACGACCUGGAUUGGCUGGUGAAAAACAGCUACGAAGGGCAGAAGCAGGAGGUCAUCCAACCCAGGGUGCUGUGGAACGCCAAGCUCUACCAGGACGCCCAGCUUCCGUCUGUUGAUUUCCAGGGUUUCUUGGAAACAAAGGAAGGACUGAAGAAGUUUCUGCAGAACUUUCUGCUCUACGGAAUUGCGUUUGUAGAAAAUGUCCCUCCCACUCAGGAGCACACGGAAAAGCUGGCACGAAGGGUCAGCCUAAUCAGAGAAACCAUUUAUGGAAGGAUGUGGUAUUUCACGUCAGACUUUUCCAGAGGUGACACUGCGUACACCAAGCUAGCCCUAGAUCGCCAUACCGAUACCACCUACUUUCAAGAGCCCUGUGGCAUUCAAGUAUUUCAUUGUCUUAAGCACGAAGGAACAGGUGGCAGGACACUGUUGGUGGAUGGAUUCUAUGCAGCGCAACAAGUACUCCAAAGAGCACCUGAGGAAUUUGACCUCCUCAGCCAAGUACCAUUGAAGCAUGAAUAUAUUGAAAAUGUUGGACAAUGUCACAAUCACAUGAUAGGGGUUGGACCCAUCUUAAAUAUCUACCCAUGGAAUAAGGAGCUGUAUUUGAUCAGGUACAACAACUACGACAGGGCUGUCAUCAACACUGUGCCUUACGACGUUGUCCGUCGUUGGUAUGCAGCACACCGAACCCUAACGACUGAACUGAGAAGGCCUGAGAAUGAACUUUGGGUCAAACUGAAGCCUGGAAAGGUACUAUUUAUAGACAACUGGCGAGUCCUUCACGGCAGGGAGUCAUUCACUGGCUACCGUCAACUGUGUGGCUGCUAUUUGACUAGAGAUGAUGUACUGAAUACUGCUCGAAUUCUAGGUCUUCAUGCCUAAAAUUUAAAGCACUAGGAUUAUGAAUACACUCGGUACCCUACUACGAGAAUUUUAUAUCAACAGAACAAUAUUGUAUUAAAAAUUGUUUCAGAUUGUCUAUUUUCCAUUCUACAGAAGAGAUUUUUCCUUACUUUUCUAGGAGAAGCCUGAUAAAGAAAGAGGGCUUCUGAGUUGUCUAACAUCACCAUCUAGUUAAAACAUGAGUCUAAUCUUUUCCUCACCUUUUUGAUAUAAUUAUAAUCACUGUACAUAAGAAAUAUAAUCUCCAUAUUAAAAGGAAACAAAUUCUA